CUCAGUAGCAGCCAGAGCUUGACGCUCUCCAUCUUUUCCCCCCCGCAGGUCGAAAGCAAACCCCGGACUGGAUUUUUCUCCCCAUUCUCUCUUGUACCAGCUGGAGCGGGUUGUCUUUCCUCGACAAGAAUUCUUAGUCAAUCACAAAAUAUUCAACAUCAAAAACGAAAAAUAUCAGUUUAUGAGGCUGGGUGCAAAAUGAGUCUAGAGUCCUUGUUCCAACACAUCGCCUUCACAGAACAACAAGCUGAAGAGAAUCGUCGUUUGCUGCAUAAAGUUCGAUCGGAAAUAAUUGAAUGCCGAGAUAAAAUUAAGGAAACAACUGAAGAGCUAAAUGAAGCGAAAAUAAAAUUAGAAUAUAAGGCUAAGCAGAUGUCUGAAAAGUUCUUCUGCUUCCAGCUCUUGAAGAUACAUGAGGAUGGGUUAGAAAAACAGUGUACUGAAAUUGCAGAUGAAAAGAGUAAGCUUCUCCAAGUCCUGGAGGCUACAAAGAAAAAAAUUAAAGAGGAGGAGCAGAAGUUUAUUAAGGACAUAACCAAUUUCAAUAAUGAAUAUGGACUAAAAAACAAGAGAGAGCUUUUGAUUAAAGAAAGAAUUAAGGCUGAAAUAUCUGAUUUAGAGAGACAGGCAUUCAGUUUGAAAAAUGAAUUGAAUCUAAUAGAACAAGGAAAUGUUCAGUUCAAACAACUUCAGAAUCAAAAGAGUGAACUAAAGGAGGAAUUGCUUGCUCUUCAGGGAAAACUUAAAGUAAUUGAAGAUAAAGUCACUGAAGCUAUGGAAACCACCAAAUAUUUAGAGAUUGAAAAAGACAAAAUCAGUGAAAAACCUCAGAAAGAUCCAGAAUGUUUAAGGCUGAAGAAAGAACUUGAAUUUUAUAGGGAAGAAAACAUGGAAAGUAUUUGUGAGUCUCUUCAAGCAGAAAUAGAAUGUCUGAGGAUGAGUUUAUCCCAAAAUAUUCUUCAGGCAAGGCACAAUAGCAUGGAGGAUUGAUCAUAAUAAAUGACAUGGGGAACUGCUUGAAACUUUUCACAAUCAAAACUCUGUGUCAUUGUUGAUUGUUCCAAUUUUAGCCUGUCUGUUGAAAGCUAUUGUGGAAGUGGUGAGUCAAUUUUUAGCGAUAAAACAAUUAUUUAUUCCUGGUUUGGGGAGCCUGAGUUCUACUGACAUGUUUAAGUAUUUUUUAGGGUUUUUGGGGAGGUGAUGCUGUGUGAUCUCAGACGGUAGGAAAAAGAAAACAGCUCUAUGUGAAUAUAAAGGGAAUCUUAUUUGAAGACACUAACAGUGAGGUUGAUUUAUGGGAGUUAGUGUGGCUGCAAGGUUUGAUGCAGGAUUGACAGUCCUGAUGGUCUGCAACAGUUUGAGAAUUCCACUUGGUUUUGCUUCCCUGCUAACUGGGAUUGUCAGUUAUAUGUCAGCUGUCAAGAUCACACUUGGACAUAAUCUCAUUUCCAACCUGAGAACCCCUUAAUUCUCUUUGUAAUGUAACUACUUUUAAAACUUAAAACAGUUACUCCUCCCCCAUUCUCUUCACCCCACCCGCAUUCCAGCCUUGCAGAGGGGGAGGCAGUGAUGGGAGGAGGAAAAAAAAAGAAAAACAGUGGCCAUCCCAGAUUUAUUUCUGAUUGAAUUUGACUAGUUUAUUUAAUGAAAGUUCAUUUUAUUCUUUUUCUGCUUCAAGAAUACCUGUAUAGAUUGUGUUUUGUGUAUUUCAUGUAAUUAAGAAAGAGUGAACUUUA